AUGACAACAAAACGUAAAAAUGUUGUAGUGACAAUGGAAAAGAAACUAGAAGCAUUAGGUAGAAUUGAUAAAGGUGAAUAUUUAAAAACAAUUGCAGCAUCAUAUGGUGUCGGUACAUUUUCAGUAUCGGAUUGGAAGAAAAAUAGAACUAAAAUCAAAGAAUUUUGUUUCAAAAUGAUAACAAAGGACAGUUUGGACAAUCGGUGCAAAGUUAAUAAAGCUAAAAAUGAGACCCUCGACGACGCUUUGUAUGUGUGGUUUUGUGCGGAACGCGAAUGUGGUUUACCAGUUUCCGGACCAAUUAUUCAAGAAUCAGCACUUAAGCUGAAUAAAAUCUUGCCUGAAUUUGGUGAACCAAAUUUCACUACGAGUCAAGGUUGGCUGGAUAGAUGGAAAAAACGUCAUGGAAUACGCCAACUAUCUAUAAAUAUACCAUGGGAGCAACCUCACAAGUCACAACAUGGACUAGGUGAAAACCUUCACUGA